GGGUAUUUCCGGCGGGCGGUGACGCCCUUCCGGUGGGAAGAUGGCGGCGGUGGUCUCGGGGGCGGGCGAGGGCCUUGCGGCGCUCCCGGCUCAGCCCCUGGAGCUCAAGAGCCAGUUUCGCACCCGUGAAGGCUCCUACCGGCUGCUGGGCCCCGAGUCCCGGCCCCGCGCCGGCCCCACCGCUGCCCCCGGGCCUUCCCCGCCCACCGCCGGACCGGGCCCAGCCGCCGCCGCCCCGGGCCCGGCCGCGCUGCCGCCGGUGCGAUUGUCCAUGGUGCGGUUGGCUCUGCCGCCCGCUGAGGAACCGGGGGGCCCGGCGGAGCGCAGCCGGGUUUGCUUCAACUUGGGCCGAGAGCUUUAUUUCUACGGUGGGGCCGGCUCCGGUGGUCGCGGCAGCCGUCGGUCGCUGGACCUGCACAAGCCCAUCGACAAACGCAUUUACAAGGGGACGCAGCCAACCUGCCAUGACUUCAACCAGUUCACCGCCGCUGCCGACACCAUCAGUCUCCUGGUGGGCUUCUCGGCCGGGCAGGUCCAGUACCUUGACCUUGUUAAGAAGGACACCAGCAAGCUCUUUAACGAGGAGCGCCUGAUCGACAAGACGAAGGUGACUUUUGUCAAAUGGCUGCCGGAGACAGAACGGCUCUUCCUGGCUUCCCACGCCAGCGGCCACCUGUACCUGUACGAUGCCGAGCAGCCCUGCGGGGCCACGGCCCCCCAGUACAACCUCCUGACGCAAGGCGAGGGCUUCAGCAUCUUCGCCUGUAAGAGCAAGACCCCCCGAAACCCCCUCCUCAAAUGGGCAGUGGGCGAGGGGGCCCUUAACGAAUUUGCCUUCUCGCCGGAUGGGCGCUCGCUGGCCUGUGUCAGCCAGGAUGGCUGCCUGCGCGUCUUCCAUUUUGACUCCAUGCUGCUGCAGGGGAUGAUGAAGAGUUAUUUCGGGGGGUUGCUCUGCGUCUGUUGGAGCCCCGAUGGGCGUUACGUGGUGACGGGGGGUGAGGACGACCUGGUGACCGUCUGGUCCUUUGCUGAGGGGCGGGUGGUGGCUCGAGGUCACGGUCACAAGUCUUGGGUCAAUGCCGUGGCCUUCGAUCCCUUCACUGGGGCGGCCCAGCCCCCUGAGCUGAGUGGGGGUGAGGAGGAGGACGAGCCCCCCAAUCCCCUUGUCCGCCGCUCCCCUGCUGUCACCUAUCGCUUCGGCUCAGCCGGCCAGGACACCCAGUUCUGCCUGUGGGACCUGACCGAGGACGUCCUCUACCCUCGGCCUCCCCUCUCCCGUGCCCGUACCCUCACCGGAUUGGGGGAUGCCAGCGUUCCCGUGCCGGGGCUACCCCGCUCACUCUCCCGCUCCAACAGCCUCCCGCAGCCGGCGGGGACAGGCUCGGCCCGCGGCCCCCCACCCGAUGUCCCCCCGGCCCUCAGCGUCGGUCGCUUCGCCACGUUGACGUUGCAGGAACAUAAGGGACCCUCCAGCGCCGAAAAAGAGCACAAACGUUACCACAGUUUGGGUAACAUCAGCCGGAGCGGGGAGAAACCUCCUGGUGGUGCCAGGUCCCGGGGACGGCUGGAUACGGCCAAGGUGCUGGGGACGGCACUGUGCCCCCGGAUUCAUGAGGUGCCGCUGCUGGAACCCCUCAUCUGCAAGAAGAUUGCCCACGAACGGUUGACGGUGCUGCUCUUCUUGGAGGAUUGUAUUGUCACUGCCUGCCAGGAGGGACUCAUCUGCACCUGGGCCCGGCCUGGCAAGGCUGGACUGUCCUCGCAGAACAGCGGCUCCCCCAGUGGCACUGUAGUAUAGCCGUCACUGUCAUCCAGCUGCAUCACCAUCACCCGGCUGCAUCAGUCACCUGUACAUACCCCUGUGGGUGCCACUGCCCUGCUCAAGGACACCGCUUCAUCCCCGUACUACUGAGCCCCCCCCGGGUGGGUGGGCACCCUGUUGUCCCCACGGCCCCCCACUGUCCCCCGGUGGGGUGGUGGCACUGCGGGUGCCGUGCUGGUGGGGUGCCCUGUGCCUUCAUCACUUUACAUCCCCGCCAUGCCAUGGGGCCACCGGGCUCUGCCCCUUAUUUAUACUAA